UCACAUUCCAGGAAGAAGAAGUAGACGGAGCGCAGAGUCGCCGUCAUGUCCGCGGCCUGGAGGAUGUGGCUGUGUGUGCGGCAGCGGCUGCGGACUGGCGCUCUGCGGGAGAUCUGCCGCCAGUACCCGGUGCUCUGCUUCAUUCUCGUCGGCCUCUCCCUGUCCACCGUCCUGCUCCUCAGAUACCUCCAUAUUCUUAUGAUUUUCUGGUCUUUCCUUGCUGGAGUUGUCACAUUAUAUUGCACUUUGGAACCUGAAUCUCUCCUUCCUAAUAUUCUUUUCAAUAUAAAAUAUAAGCCCAAGCAGGCAGAACUGCAAGAGCUUUUCCCACAAGGCCAUAGCUGUGCAGUGUGUGGCAAAGUUAAGUGCCAAAGGCAUAGACCGACGCUGCAGCUGGAGAACUAUCAGCCAUGGCUGGACUUAAAGGUUCCUUCCAAAGUUGAUGCAUCACUUUCUGAGGUGUUUGAACUUGUACUGGAAAACUUUGUUUACCCCUGGUAUCGUGACAUAACUGAAGAUGAAUCUUCCGUGGAUGAACUGAGGAUGACCUUGAGAUUCUUUGCAUCAGUUCUUGUGCGAAGGAUACAGAAGGUGGAUAUUCCAUCUGUAAUAACAAGAAAAUUAUUGAAAGCUGCUAUGAAGCAUAUUGAAAUAAUUUCCAAAGCCAGACAAAAAGUAAAAAACUCUGAGUAUCUGCAGCAAGCUGCACUAGAGGAGUACGGACCUGAUCUUCAUGUUGCAUUGAGAAGUCGCAGAGAUGAACUUUGCUACCUCCGAAAACUUACUGAACUUCUAUUUCCAUUUAUUCUACCACCAAAAUCAACAGAUAGCAGACCUCUGACAUUGCUUCUGAGAGAGAUUCUUUCUGGGUCGGUGUUCCUCCCAUCAAUGGACUUCCUGGCUGAUCCAGAUAAUGUGAAUCGGUUACUGCUGAUUUUCAUUGAUGAUAGUCCUCCGGAAAAGGCAACGGAGCCUACCUCCAAUUUGGUACCAUUCCUACAAAAAUUUGCAGAGCCUAAAAACAAGAAUCCUUCGGUACUGAAACUAGAAUUAAAGGAGGUCAGGGCAGAGCAGGACCUUCUUUUCCGAUUCAUGAAUUUUCUCAAGCAAGAAGGAGCUGUACAUGUUUUACAGUUUUGCUUGACAGUGGAGGAAUUUAAUGACAAGAUUUUAAGGCCAGAGCUAUCUGAUGAUGAAAUGCUCGCUCUUCAUGAAGAAGUAAAGAAGAUCUAUCUUACAUAUUGCUUGGAAGAAAGUAUUGAUAAAAUUAGCUUUGACCCUUUCAUUGUGGAUGAAAUCCAAAAAAUUGCAGAAGGCCCCUACAAUGAAGUGGUGAAGCUUCAAACUAUGAGGUGCCUGUUUGAAGCCUAUGAACAUGUCCUCUCCCUCCUUGAGAAUGUUUUCACCCCUAUGUUUUGUCACAGUGAUGAGUAUUUUAGGCAGUUGCUUGAAGGUGCGGAGUCCCCUACACGCAGUUCAAAAUUUAACAGAAAUAGCCUCAGUUUGGAGGAUAUACGGACGACACAAAAAAGAGGAGGCGAGCAGUCAGGAAUUGGGAAGAUUGGCAGCAGGCUGAAAGGAGUAUUUAAGAGCACCACAAUGGAGGGAGCAAUGCUGCCUAACCAUGGGAUGGCAGAGGGAGACGAGUAUGCUAUUGAAGAAGGUAUUAUGGUAUUAGAAGAUGAUUCCCCUGUGGAGGUUCUCACUGCAACCACUCCAAACACACCCCGUAAUCUCUCUGCAUGGAAGAUCAGCAUCCCAUUUGUAGAUUUUUUUGAGGAUUCGUAUCUUGAAAAGAAAGACCGAAAGGAGAGAAUUCCUGUGUUCUGUAUAGAUGUAGAGAGAAAUGACAGAAAAGCAGUUGGACAUGAAGCUGAACAUUGGUCCGUUUACAGAAAAUAUAUAGAAUUUUAUGUUUUGGAGUCAAAACUCACAGAAUUCCACGGUACCUUUCCGGAUGCCCAGCUACCAUCAAAAAGGAUUAUUGGGCCAAAGAACUAUGAAUUCCUUAAAUCCAAAAGAGAAGAAUUUCAGGAAUAUUUACAGAAUCUGCUGCAGCACCCAGAGCUGAGUAAUAGCCAGUUGUUAGCUGAUUUUUUGUCGCCUAACAGUUUGGAAACCCAGUUUCAUGACAAAAUCCUUCCAGAUGUCAACCUUGGCAAAAUGAUCAAGUCUGUGCCAAGUAAAUUAAUUAAAGAGAAGGGGCAACAUCUAGAACUCUUUAUUAUGAAUUUCAUCAACUCUUGUGAAUCUCCAAAACCUAAACCAAGCAGGCCAGAACUGACAAUACUUAGUCCGACUUCAGAAAAUGACAAAAAGCUGUUCAAUGAUUUAUACAAGAACAAUGCCAACCGCUCUGAGAAUAUAGAGAGAAGACAAAACCGGAAUUGUUUCAUCGAGGUUUUGACUGUUGCAGGUGUCUAUGACUACCUUAUGUAUAUAGGACGUGUUGUUUUCCACAUUUCGGAUUGGUUGCAUCACCUGUUAAUGGGAGGUCGAAUCCUAUUAAAAAACACCCUUGAGACCUACACUGACCACUACCUGCAAUGUAAACUUGAACAGCUCAGUCAAGAGCAUAGACUGGUUUCACUUAUUACACUCCUUAGAGAUGCUGUGUUUUGUGAAACCACUGAACCGCGAUCUGCAGUAGCCAAGCAGAAACGGGCAAAACAGACCUUUGAAGAAAUGAUGGCUUACAUUCCAGAUUUAAUAGCAAAAUGUAUCGGGGAUGAAGCCAAGUAUGAAGGAAUUCGAUUGUUAUUUGAUGGUCUACAACAGCCAGUGCUCAACAAACAGCUAUCUUAUGUUCUAUUAGAUAUUGUUCUGCUUGAAAUAUUCCCAGAACUUGGAAAGCCUCAAAAGGAGUUGUCCUCUUUGCCAACCUGGAUGUAACAGACAACUGCAGUUCUAUUACAUUUCUCCUUGUUACUGGGAUUGAUACGGACCAACGCAAUAAAUGAAUCAGUAAACAAGUCAGUCAGAACUCUAAAAAUGUAAAGAAAGAAAAACCAUCAAUAAUUGCUUAGAGAUUUGCAGUAUAAUAAAGAUUACAUCAAGAUUACAGAACCGAAAUGUUCUAUUGCCACAAGUUAUAGGCCAAAGUACAUAAAAGUUCAUUAAGGUCAAUGGUUAAGGUAAAAAGUAACUGAUAACAACCACAAAGAUAAAAAUAAGUGGGUAAAUACUCUGUCUAUUAGGCUUUAGUGAUAUAGCCUGAGCCCUGACUGACUCAGUUUCUGCUUAUUUAGAGUGAGAGGUUGUCAGUUCCAGUUUUGUAGAUUUAGCGUCAGGUAAGCAUUAUACUUGGAGCUGACCAGCACAAAAUUUAUGUUGCAGGGUUAAAGGGGUACUCCGCUGCUCAGCGAGUGGAACAAAC